AUGUUUUUGCGCGCAAGCAUUUCAAGAUUUUCGGGCAAUCGAUAUUCAAAAGGUGCCAAUUUAUUGGCAAGAAUCGCUCACUAUCAAUCCGGGUUCCUGUGGACCCGAACCAUGAGUGAUACUAAGAGCAGUUUAUCUAAAAUGAAUGGUGCGGACGGUAAAACCCCCUUUUUGAUUGGGGUUUCAGGUGGCACAGCUAGUGGCAAGAGUACAGUGUGCAAAAGAAUAAUGGAGAAAUUGGGGCAGGUCGAAAUGGAUCAAAAACAGAGACAGGUUGUAUGUAUAUCACAAGAUAGCUUUUACCGAGAAUUGACCACCUCAGAAAUUGCAAAAGCUGAAAAGGGGCAGUUCAACUUUGAUCAUCCAGAUGCAUUCAAUGAAACCUUGAUAUAUGAUACUUUGACUGAUAUCAAGGCUGGAAAAAUGGUUCAAAUACCCACAUAUGAUUAUAGACAUCAUAGUCUAAGGAAAGAUGAAAUUUUGACAAUCUACCCAGCAGAUGUGGUCUUAUUUGAAGGCAUCUUGGUAUUUUAUUUUCCAGAGGUCAGAAAUUUGUUCCACAUGAAACUGUUUGUUGAUACAGACUCUGACACCAGACUAGCUAGAAGAGUACCAAGAGAUAUAAAUGAGAGAGGACGUGAUUUGGAUCAAGUUUUGAAUCAGUACAUGAACUUUGUAAAACCAGCAUUUGAUGAAUUUUGUUCACCAACCAAAAAAUUUGCAGAUGUUAUUAUUCCUAGAGGAGCUGACAAUAGUGUCGCCAUCGAGCUGAUCGUGCAGCAUAUCAGAGACAUCCUCGAGAACAGAAGGAAUUCGGAAGAGAGGAACUCGGUCUCUCGGAAACCCUUGGAGACUCCCCAAAGCUCCCCUUCCAAAAAGGGGAAUGCCGCAGGCGAUGCUUUAUUGACCAGACGGCACUAGGGCACUAGAUAAUUUUGUGCAGCUCCUUAUCGGUCCAUAUUUUCAUAUUUCAUAUUGUGAGGUUGGCUACAGAGAGGUGUCAAAAGUCAAAUGUGAAUAA